AUGGAGACUAAAACACUGCCGCUUUACUCUCAGAGUCAGCUUGAGCAACACAACACUCGCGAUGACUGUUGGGUCUCGCUGCAUCACCGCAAGAUCUACAACGUAACCUCGUUCCUCGACGAACACCCUGGUGGUGCAGAGCUGAUCGAGGAGUACGCCGGCAAGGACGUGACCGAGAUCAUGAAGGAUGGCCCCACCCACGAGCAUUCUUACGUGGCGUACGAAGUGCUUGACGAAGAGUAUCACGUGGGAUACCUGGCCACGCCGGAAGAGGAGAAGAAGCUGCUGGGCAACCCUGAGCACCCGGUCGAGGUCAAGCUCGAGGAGGACUACGACUCGACCGUCUUCGUGCCCGAGGUCCCUCCCGAGGAGAAGCUUAGUAUCGUUACCGACUACACCAAGGACUAUGGCCGCCACAAGUUCUUGGAUCUUAACCGCCCGCUGCUCAUGCAGAUGCUAACUUCAGACUUCAGUAAGGAGUUCUACCUGGACCAGGUGCACCGUCCUCGCCACUACGGUCGCGGCUCUGCCCCACUUUUCGGCAACUUUUUGGAACCUCUCUCCAAGACCGCGUGGUACGUGAUCCCACUAGUCUGGUUCCCUGUCGUGGUUUAUCACAUGUACACUGCACUGCAGAACAUGAACAACGUGCUGGCCGUGUUUCUGUUCUGCCUGGGAGUGUUCGUGUGGACCCUCAUCGAGUACGGAUUGCACCGCUUUCUGUUCCACUUGGACUUCUACUUGCCUAGGAACCAGGUCGCAUACACCGUGCACUUCCUUCUCCAUGGUGUCCACCACUAUUUGCCUAUGGACCGCUACAGACUGGUGAUGCCUCCAACUCUUUUCGUCGUGCUGUGCACACCUUUCUACAAGUUGGUAUUCGCGCUUUUGCCUAAGUACUGGGCUUGCGCUGGCUUCGCGGGCGGCAUGUUCGGCUACAUGUGCUACGAUCUGACCCACUACUUCUUGCACCACGCGAAGUUGCCCAGCUACAUGCGUAAGCUGAAGAAGUACCACAUGGAGCACCACUACAAAAAUUACGAAUUAGGAUUUGGUGUUACCUCGUGGUUCUGGGACAAGGUAUUUGGCACCUACCUGGGUGACAACGCUCCUUUGUCGCAAAUGAAGUUUGACUGA